UCAAAAAUAAAUAAAUACCAAAAUUAAAAAAGGGCAAUCUCUAACUCGAAUUAAAAGAAUCAGUUGGUCACGUGUCUUGGAUAGAAUUCAAUUUGUCUUUGAUAGUCAUAUUCCAAAUGUGAUUAGCUAGGACGACUACAUCAAACAACAUGUCGACACUUUGAUGUCUUUGAAGAUCAAAGGAGCGGGAUGAGCCUGCGUCGGCGAUGACGUCACUGCCCCGAAAACAAGCCUCGUCCAACGUUUUUCUAAUAAACUUGUUGGAUUACUCGACGCACGAAGAACCCUCGACGCAGCACGUCCGGGCAGGCAGUCGGCGUUUCCGCCAGUAAAGUUGACUGACCGGCUGGCUGGUACAAUUCGUGCGGUCUCGGUGCACUUUGAAGCUUCUCCGGUUGGUUUAAGCUUAGCUUUAGCUCGCUAGCUGCGAACAAAGACGCGGAAGUGAGCAAGUGAGUUGCAAGUGGGUGAAAAAUGUGCAAAGUAGAAAUGCUGAAGGCGCUGCUCAAUCAGCGACUAAGUGCGGCCGUCGAAGAAAUAUUCGGAGUUUUUGCCAGAACCAUCGCAGAGUACGAGGAGGAACUUUGCCGAACAAAAGAGGAGAACGAGAGACAACGUCACCUGCUGGACGCCGUUUUCAGGCCUCAAGCUGACAUACUCGGAGCAGACGUCAGUGAAGAAGAUCUUCCCCUUGAGCAGCAGGAGUGGAGCUCCAAGGUGGAGCAACAGGAUCCAGAGCCCCUGCACAUUAAAGAGGAAGAGGAGGAGGCCGAUAUCACCGAGUUGCCAUUGACUGCUGUUUCUUUCAAGAGGGAAGACGAUGAAGGUCAGCAGUCACAGCGGCUUCACCAUCAAAGUGAGCAGAACAGAUGGCUGCAGCCUCCAAGCGGCAGCUCAACUCAACGCAUGGCAACAGAAGCCGAUGGAGACCACUGUGGACAAUCACAAACAGACGGCCUCUUAACUCCGCUGUCAGAUAGUGACAGUAGAACGUCACACACUGACAACACACACUGGAAGUGCUCUCAAUGUGACAAAGCGUUUGGGAGCAAGUAUACUUUGACCAGGCACAUGAAAAGUCACGCUGUUGGCAAAGAACACUGGAAAUGCUCUCAAUGUGGGCGAACUCUUGGUGACAGGAGGAAUUUGAGAAGACAUAUGAUGGUUCACACAGGGGAGAAACCAUUCAUGUGCUCAAUCUGCGGUAAAAGAUUCUCUCAGAAGGCCAAUUUGAUAACACACACAAGAACGCACACCGGCGAGAAACCAUUUUCCUGCUCGCUCUGCAACAAACGUUUCGGUGAUCGUUCGGCAUUGAUUCAACACAAGAAAACGCACACUGGGGGCAAACAUUUUGCCUACUCUGUGUACAACCAAAGUUUUAAUGUUCAUUCAAAUUUGGGCCAACACAUGAGAACAUACACUGGGCAGAAACCAUCUGCUUAGUUUGUGGUAAAAGAUUCUCUCACAGGUGCACUUUUAUAAGAUGACAAUUAUCAGGUGACACAUCACAUGAAACAGGGUACCUGAUUACAGUUUUACAAUCUUUAUUUGUUUACUAAAACUAAGAUUGCUGCUCACCCAGUACAUGAUGUAUGCAUAUGGAUAAGAGUGUGUCAAGUUGUGCCACAAAUGCUCAUUAUUGUCGUUUAUGUGCUGUGUCCUUAAGCAACUUUACACAUAAAUGUCACACCAUAUCGAGGU